AUGGAAGAGGGGCACAGCCCAUCAGGGGCCUGGUUGACGUUAGAGGGCCCUUGCCCAAGUCCCCAUUGCAACCCUAUUUAUCAUUUUUCCACCCGAUGCCCCACCCUACCGGCGAGAGCACAGAGGGAGGGGAGAGAUGGAGGCCGUUGGAAGCAACCGGCUGGGUCACAACGAGUCCGUUUGACUGGAACAAUGAAGUUUGAGACGGCCGAAGACGGCGUAGAAAGAGCUGCAGAAGAGAUGAAGAAGUACAGAUGA